AUGUUAUUACUACGAACUUCCCGAAGUUUUCGAUCUGGUAGUGGUAAAACAAUUCCCAUUUCUCAAAAUGCUCUAGAAAAAUCCAGAAAACUUUUUGAGGACGAUGAAAUUUCAGCUAAAGAUGAAAACUCUACCAAAGAUAGAGACAAAAUUUGUCCUUUUGUUGGUUUCCACACAGGUAGUGGUAAACAGAUUCCGAUUUCACAAAAUGCUUUAACAAAAUGUAGAAAACUCUUUGAAGACAAUGAAGUUGCUGAUAAAGAAUAUGAAAACUGUACUAAAGAAGCAAAUAGGGACAAAAUUAGUUCUUUUGUUGGUUUCCAGUCUGGUAGCGGUAAACAGAUUCCCAUUUCACAAAAUGCUUUAGCAAAAUCUAGAAAACUCUUUGGGGACAGUGAAAUUUCUGAUAAAGAAUAUGAAAAUUUUACCAAAGAAGCAAAUAGGGACAAAAUUAGUCCUUUUGUUGGUUUCCAGUCUGAUAGUGGUAAAAAGAUUCAGAUAUCACAAAAUGCUUUAGAGAAAUCCAGAAAACUCUUUCUAGACAAUGAUUUAUCGGAUAAACGUGAAAAUUAUACUAAAGAAGUAAAUAAGGACAAAAUUUCUCAUUUUGUUGGUUUUCAAUCUGGUAGUGGUAAACAGAUUCCAAUUUCACAAAGUGCUUUAGAGAAAUCCAAAACACUUUUUCAAGACAAUGAAAUUUCAGAUGAAGAAUAUGCAAAUUGCACUAAAGAAGUAGAUAGAGACAAAAUUUGUACCUUCAUAGGUUUUCAAUCUGGUAGUGGUAAAACUAUUCCAAUUUCACAAAAUGCUUUAAAAAAAUCCAGAAUGCACUUGCAGGACAAAGAAUUUUCAGACAAAGAUGAAAAUUGUACUAAAGGAGAAGAUAGAGCCAAAAAUUGUCCCUUUAUAGGUUUCCAAUCUGCUAGUGGUAAAAAGAUUCAGAUUUCACAAAAUGCUUUAGAGAAAUCCAGAAAACUUUUUCUUGAUGAUGAAUUAUCAGAUGAAGGUGAAAAUUGUUUCCAGUCUAGUGAUGGUAAACAGAUUCCGAUUUCACAAAACGCUUUAACAAAUUCUAGGAAACUCUUUGAAGACAGGACAACAAUUGUCCUUUUAUGUUUUCAGUCUGGUAGUGGUAAAAAGAUUCAGAUUUCACAAAAUGCUUUAGAAAAAUCCAGAAAACUCUUUCAAGACGAUGAUUUAUUAGAUAAAUGUGAAAAUUAUACUAAAGAAGUAAAUAAGGACAAAAUUGUUACUUUUGUUGGUUUUCAAUCUGGUAGUGGUAAACAGAUUUCGAUUUCACAAAGUGCUUUAGAAAAAUCUAGAAAACUUUUUCAAGAUGAUGAAUUUUCAGAUAAAGGUGAAAGUUGUACUAAAGAAGUAGAUAGGCGCAAAAUUAGUACUUUCAUGGGUUUCCAGUCUGGUAGCGGUAAAAAGAUUCAGAUUUCACAAAAUGCUUUAGAGAAAUCGAGAAAACUCUUUCAAGACAAUGAAUUAUCAGAUAAAUGUGAAAAUUAUACUAAAGAAGUAAAUAGGGACAAAAUUUAUCCUUUUGUUGGUUUUCAAUCUGGUAGUGGUAAACAAAUACCAAUUUCACAAAGUGCUUUAGAAAAAUCUAAAAGACUUCUUCAAGACAAUGAAAUUUCAUAUAAAGAAUAUGAAAAUUGUAUUAAAAAAGUAGAUAGAGACAAAAUUAGUACUUUCAUGGGUUUUCAAUCUGGUAGUGGUAAAACUAUUCCAAUUUCACAAAGUGCUUUAGAAAAAUCCAAAAAACUUUUCGAGGACAAUGAAAUUUUAGAUAAAGAUUUAGAAAACUCUACUAAAGAAGUAGAUAGAGGCAAAACUAGUUCUAUUAAAGGAUUUCAAUCUGGUAGUGGUAAACAGAUUCCGAUUUCACAAAGUGCUUUAGAAAAAUCUAGAAAACUUUUUCAAGAUGAUGAAUUUUCAGAUAAAGGUGAAAGUUGUACUAAAGAAGUAGAUAGAGAAAAAAUAUUAGUUCUUUUAAAGGUUUUCAGUCUGGUAGUGGUAAACAGAUACCAAUUUCAGAAAAUUAUACACUUAGAUGGUUAUGAAAUUUCAGCUAAAGAUUCAAAGAGCUACCCUGAAGAUGCUGAUGUAAAUUUAAAUCGUGGGCUGAAAACAAAUAGGAAAUUAUUUGAAACUGAUAUAUCAACUUCAAAAAAAUGUAAAAAUAGUUCAAUUGAAUCUUCAGAGAAAUUUCAUAAUUGUCGCAAUUCCAAACGCAAAUUUUCAAGAAUCGAUGAUGAUAAAGUAUUGGAGUCGAAUGAAUAUAAGGAAUCUAACAUACAGACUAUUUUAUUAGAAAAAAAUAAAGCAAGAGAUAUUACUGAUAAGGAACAUAUUGAAUCAAAAGUGAUUUGGAAAUUUAAUAAUAUAAGUUCAUCUAGCAAUAAUGAGUUUCAUGAUGGAAAAAUUCAACAGGAUACAGAUUUAUAUGAUAAACAACCUUUAUCACCUAUUUUAAUGAAAAAACCUAUUUCUGUAAAUAAGGCUCCAAAAUCAGAUGGUAAAUUUUUUGAUAAAAUAAUAAAAAAAACAAAUAAUGAUAUUAGCACUUAUAAUAUAGAUAAUGUUAGUAUAUCCCAGGAAAUUAAAGAGAGUACGUCUGCUUUAAUGGCAGACGAAAUGUCUUUUAUAGAUGAUUCAAUUUUCAAAGGCUCAAUAGUAACAAGUCCUUCAAGUUUUCUGAAUGAUGUAUCAAAUACUCUACAACCUGUUCUAAUCAACGCUGAUGCAACACAGAAUGAGUUGCAAAUUCAGCAGUAUGAAAGGAUAGUUUCUGAAGAUGUUUGUACUAUGAGAAACAUGAGUUAUGAAAAACAAAAAAUGAGGAUCAAACAUAUUAAAAGGAGAAAAAUUGAUUGCAAACCUUUGAGAGGAUCUAGUUUAACAAAUAAAAUUGGAUCUACUGAUCGCGUAUCAUGGUUUAAGCACACUGAUGGUGCAGUACCACAAAGCUAUGAUCGUGAUACAUUAUUAUACAAAUUUCACUUGAAAAAAAAUAUUAUUGAUGUAUCUAUACAAAAUAUAGAUGAUUUUAUCUUCAGUGCUUGGGAUUAUUACAGAAUGCGGAGAUGGAGCAUAUUAAUUCUUGAUGAAAACAGCAAUAUCACUCAAGAAAGAAUAGUGACAAGUUUUCUAACAAGUCCAGGAGUUGAUUCAAAUAUUAUUAACGACACUUGGGUCAAGAAUCAUAUCAAAUGGAUAAUUUUGAAACUUGCUUCCAUGGAAAGAAGUUUUCCUAAUUUAUUUGCGAAUAAAGCAUGCACUCCCCACAAUCUAAUGCUUCAGUUGAAGUACAGAUAUGAUAGAGAAGUAGAUGAAGCUGAAAAAUCUUGUCUUAAAAAGAUUCUCCAAACGGAUGACACACCAUCGAAACCAAUGGUAUUGUACUGUGCUGAUAUAUAUAAACUUGAUAGUAAAUUGAAUGAUACUAUAAAUGAUAAGCAGAUUUCUUAUGAGCUAGAGCUAAGCGAUGGAUGGUACAGUGUUCGAACUAAAAUAGAUCUCUUAAUGAACAAAAUGAUAUCUGAUGGAAAAUUUAAAAUUGGAGAUAAAAUAUAUACUGUAGGCAGUGUCUUAUUAAAUUGUUUACAAGGUUGUGACCCUUUAGAGGUUCCAGAAGAUGUUCGAUUGCAGAUUUUCAGUAAUAGUAGUACCCGAGCUCGAUGGGAUAUGCGCUUAGGGUUUACUGGCUUGCCUCCGAUGUUACCUUGCUUAGGAACCAUUCAUUAUCUUGGCGGUGUUAUACAUUUAACUGAAUUUGUCAUUGUAAGGCGUUAUCCUAUGAUGUACUUAGUAAAACACAAUGGAAAAACAACAAUGCAUUCUGAAAAAUUAGAAUUAAAGCUUGCUCAAGAAUAUGAAAGGAAAAAAAGUGAAGAGAUGGAAAAAAUUUAUAGUCAAGUUCGGAAAUCUUAUGAACAGGAAUUAUUAGAACAAGCACGAAAUAAAUUUGUUGUUAAUGAAACAGAUAUAAAUAAGAUUAGAUGUGCGGAAGAACUUUGUGAACUAAUGAGAUUAUCUCAUGAUCCUUCUGCUUUACAAAAUGAGCUGACUGAUUCACAAAAAAAUUUAAUGCUGGAACAUUAUGAUAAAAAGCGAAAUGAUAUUACCAAUGAAAUUUUUAAUAGGGUGCAAGAUAUAACAAAUAAAGAAAACACAUCAAAAAGGAGUUCUUCACAACUUCUUAAAAUUAGAGUGGUUCCUCUUUGCAAGAAUUCCAUUUCUACUCAUAAUAAAUCGGUGAUUAUAUCUAUAUGGAGACCUAAUGCUUUAACCUGUGAUGUCCUAAAUGAAAAUCAGUUUAUUAGAGCUCACAACUGUACUGCCGAAAGUAUAAGAAAUGGAGAUUUACAGAUAUCAGCUGGAAGACAAGCAUCAUUUAAAAUAAUCUCUAAUAAAAGACAUAUUGGAUUUAAAACUUAUCCAUUUCGUACAUUUACAAGCAUUACAGAUAUGUACAAAAAUAAUUUCAAUCCCGUUUUUAAUGAAAUUGAUACAGUUGGUGUUGUAUUCUAUAUAUCUACAUUUCGCAAUGCCAGUUCUUUUCAAUCAGUAUUUAUAGCUGAUUUAAACAAAAAAAUAAUUGAAAUAUCCUUCUGGGGUGGAAUUCAGCAUCAUGGUUAUGAAAAACUUAUUGCUGUUAAGACAAUACUUGCUUGUAGCAAUUUGCAAUGGAGAAAUAAGAAUAGUGGUCGUCAAAUACUUUAUCUCUAUGUAACUGAUUUGACAACAUUUUCAGCAAAUCCGCAACAACUACAUUUGCAAAAGGUUUUCAAUUCUUUUGAAUUGUCUUUAAAAAAUACUAUGGAACAAUUUGUAAAUGAAUGUAAGCAAUCUUUAUGGGCAUCAAAAAUGUCCCCUAAUACUUCGACGAAUUUUACUCCUGAAAGAAAAUAUUCUCCAUCAAUAAAUAUGGAAGUUGAAAGUAAAAGAACACCACCAGUUCAAAAAAGGCUUGAUAUGUUAUCUACUCUUCCUGAACCUCCUAAAUUAUCUCCAGUUUCAUUUAAAACUCCUACUAAGAGGUUUACCAAACCUUUUAAACCUCCAAAGCCAAUCCUGGAUAAAAUGAAUAAUAAUACAAAUAUAGAAAGUGGAAGUCCACCUUUGAGCUUAGAAUGA